AAAUUAUUAUGUUUUUUCUGUCUGAAAAAAGUUCUCUCCUUUCUUAUUUGUUGCUCUCUUUUGGUGAUCCUUAAGCUUAAAAUCUCCAAUUUAAAGCUGUAAAGAGAUCAAGGAGGAGAUAUCAAGUAGAACUCGAGCUUUAGUCAGUUGAAGCUCUAGUUUUUUUGUUAUCAAAAUUUGUUCUUUUACAGUUUCUUUUUGUUAAUUUGUGAGAGAGGGAAGACAAAAUGAACAAUGUUCAUGAAGAAGCCAUCAAAAAAAUUCUGUCUUUGAUGGAAAAUGUUGACGAGAAAAUGAAGGGCACAUUCCAGAACAUGCACCAUGGGUAUCUAACUGAAACUCUAGUGAGAUUUUUUAAAGCAAGAGAUUGGGAUGUUCAGAAAGCCUAUAAAAUGUUAACUGAUUGCUUACAAUGGAGAAUACAGAAUGAUAUUGACAAUAUAUUAUCAAAACCAAUUAUUCCAGCUGACUUAUAUAGAGCAGUGCGAGAUUCUCAGCUUGUAGGAUUGUCAUGUUACUCAAAAGAGGGUCUUCCUGUCAUUGCUCUCGGUGUUGGGCUUAGCACAUAUGACAAAGCAUCCGUGAAUUACUAUGUACAGUCGCACAUUCAAAUGAAUGAAUAUAGAGAUCGCGUAGUACUGCCUGCUGCCACAGAGAAGUAUGGACGACAUAUUGGCACAUGUCUGAAGGUUUUGGAUACGACUGGCUUGAAGCUUUCGGCAUUGAACCAAAUAAAGCUACCGACUACUAUAUCGACAAUUGAUGACUUGAAUUAUCCGGAGAAGACGGAGACAUAUUAUAUUGUCAAUGCGCCAUACAUAUUUUCAGCAUGUUGGAAGGCUGUUAAACCUCUCUUGCAAGAAAGGACGAAGAGGAAAAUUCAGGUGCUUCAAGGUUGUGGACGGGAUGAGUUACUCAAAGUAAUGGAUUAUUCAUCCCUUCCACAUUUUUGUCGCAAGGAAGGUUCCGGGUCAUCACGAAACAGCAGCAGCAACGGAACCAUAGAUAAUUGCUUCUCAUUGGACCACACCUAUCAUCGACAGCUUUACGAUUACAUAAAGCAAGAAGCUACACUUAUAGAGACUGGUAGGCCAAUCAAACAGGGAUCAGUUCAUGUAGAUUUUCCCGAGCUGGAUCCAAAAGAUGCCAAGAUCGCAGAAACCAUCGAAUCUGAGUUCCAGAAGCUUGCAGACCAAAAUGGUAAAUGCAACUCCCUAAAUGGCGUCAAAGUAAAUGGUGAUUAGAUCUUUUACAUACUACUGAUUACAUAAAUUGUUGCCAAUGUGUUACUGGAAAGUCGGCACUUUGACAGGAAAAUGCUAAUCAACGACAUCAGAAUGAGAGGCCUUGUGGUAUUUCAAUUAUCUUAUGUAAUAGCAGAGCUUUCUUGCAUCUUAUCGAAUCAGAUGUGGGUGUGGCAUACUAA